AGCUAGGUAGGGCGUGGGCGGCCGGCGGGCGCGUGUGCGCAGGCGCGCAGGCCCUGACUCCCUGUGCUCCCGCGCGCUUCAGUCUUUCGGCGACCGGACAUGGGCACACAGCAGAAGGACAUUACUAUCAAGUCAGAUGCGCCUGACACCCUGCUGCUGGAGAAGCAUGCCGAUUACAUCGCCUCCUAUGGCUCAAAGAAAGACGACUAUGAAUACUGCAUGUCUGAAUACCUGAGAAUGAGCGGCGUCUAUUGGGGCCUGACCGUGAUGGACCUCAUGGGACAGCUUCACCGCAUGAACAGAGAAGAAAUAUUGGUGUUUAUCAAGUCGUGCCAGCAUGAGUGUGGGGGAGUAAGUGCUAGCAUUGGGCACGACCCCCAUCUUCUGUACACACUCAGUGCCGUCCAGAUUCUUACUCUGUAUGAUAGUAUUCAUGUUAUCAACGUGGAUAAAGUUGUGGCCUAUGUUCAGAGUCUACAGAAGGAAGAUGGUUCCUUUGCUGGAGACAUUUGGGGAGAAAUUGAUACAAGAUUCUCAUUUUGUGCAGUGGCAACUUUGGCUCUCUUGGGCAAGCUUGAUGCUAUUAAUGUGGAAAAGGCGAUUGAGUUUGUUUUGUCCUGUAUGAACUUUGAUGGUGGAUUUGGCUGCAGACCAGGCUCUGAAUCUCAUGCUGGACAGAUCUAUUGUUGCACAGGAUUCCUGGCCAUAACUAGUCAGUUGCAUCAAGUGAACUCUGACUUACUUGGUUGGUGGCUUUGUGAACGGCAGUUGCCCUCAGGUGGACUCAAUGGAAGACCCGAAAAGUUACCAGAUGUGUGUUAUUCAUGGUGGGUGCUGGCCUCCCUAAAGAUAAUUGGGAGACUUCAUUGGAUUGACCGAGAAAAGCUGCGAAGUUUCAUCUUAGCAUGUCAAGAUGAAGAGACAGGAGGGUUUGCAGACAGGCCAGGAGAUAUGGUGGACCCAUUUCACACCUUAUUUGGCAUUGCUGGAUUAUCACUUUUGGGAGAAGAGCAGAUUAAGCCUGUUAGCCCCGUCUUCUGCAUGCCUGAGGAAGUGCUUCAGCGGUUGAAUGUUCAGCCUGAACUAGUGAGCUAGUCAGAGAUAGCAAAGAUGCUUUAGUGUGCAAUACGAAUUGCUGUAUUUGAAGUGUUUAUCAAACCUAGAAGUGACUUAAUAUUUUGUAUAUCAUAUAUUAUAUAAUUAUUGUAAAAUAAAUAUGUUGGUAUUUAGAUCUUUAGUUUUCUGAGUACAGUUUUUGUCAGUACUGUUUGUUUUAGAUGUCUAACUGCAAACUUCAAAGAGCUAGUAUUUAACUGAUGCCUCCCUGUCCUGUUGACCUGUAACAAUGAUGGGAAAUGAUUUCUGUUAAUGAAGAUGAUAAAAGCGAGUGAAACUCGUAUGAUUUAAAUAAAAGAUGCACAAAAUUGA